CCUCCCCCUCGGCUCGAAGGGAGCAGUGGGGAAAACAAACAGGUCGGACGGAGCAGGAGAGGUAACCGGCUGGUCGUGGAGCUUCUCUAGCGGCGAAUGAAUUGUUUUGGCGGCGAAAGGCUUCUGUCCGGUGCUCAGUCCCAGCUCCACGGCGGUGCUCCGGUGCUUCUGAACGCGGCGCUGCUCCGAGCAUGUUGCCGCUUCCUAACAUUCUGUCAGGGCUGUCGGGGCGCGUAGUCUACCCGCUGCGGUUUUGUGUUUUUCUCGACGUUGUUUACCGGCUAUAAUUCGACGGUGAAUGGUUCGGACCCCGCUCUGAAUUCAGCGAGACGCUUGUCCCUUUUUGUUAUUUACCUCCUCUCGACAUGCACACGAGGCGCUUGGUCAAGCGGUCGAUCCUCGGCAGCCGCGUUUAUGCGCCGAGUCCGACCGGGGACGGGGCUCCGGUGACAGGAGUGGUCCAGGCUGUCAAGCAGGAAAACCGGGACGUGUCGGCCGCGGGACUCCGGCGCAGCGUCUACACGGUGCUCAUGCAGGACGGCAGCCUCAAGGAGUUCUCCGAGGAGGAGCUGGCGGCCGGGAUCAACCACACGGCGGCCAAGGCACCGCUCCGAUCCAGCCUGAAGCAGAGCUCCAGCAAUGGAGUUCCAGAGGGCCACAAGAUGAACGGCGGCUCCCUCAGCCCAGAGGCCGUGGAGGAUCAUCGGUUGGCUGACAGCAAGCGCGUUGGCCGGGACCCUGACACCCGAUCAGUGUCUCUGCUAGAGCAGAAACGCAAAGUGGUCUCCUCCAGCAUCGAUGUGCCUCACGCCAGGCGGCCGGCGGAGGAAGCGGACAUGGACAAGGUGACAGCCGCCAUGGUGCUGACCAGCCUCUCCACCAGCCCACUGGUCAGGAGUCCACCUGUCAAAGUCAGCGACGGUCUAAGUGGUUCGUGGAAGGACAACGGCUCAGUGGGACCUUUUACCCCGUCAAGCAACAGCUCUUCAGGGGGCUACUGGAGCUGGUCUGCCCCCAGUGACCAGUCCAACCCUUCCACACCUUCCCCGCCGCUCUCUGCCGACAGCUUCAAGCCCUUCAGAGUACCCAGCCUAGGCGGCGUGGGGCCCGGCCCCGCAGGACCCGAAGACCCGAGCCUGGAUGACCAGGACGGCAGCAGUCUGCUCUUCGAUGAGCCCAUCCCUCGCAAGCGCAAGAACUCAAUGAAGGUGAUGUUCAAGUGCCUGUGGAAGAACUGUGGCAAGGUGCUGAGCACUGCCGCCGGGAUCCAGAGACACAUCCGCACCAUCCACCUGGGACGCAGCUGUGACUCGGACUGCAGCGAUGGCGAGGAGGACUUCUACUACACGGAGAUCAAGCUCAACACGGACUCGGUGGCCGACGGGCUCAGCAGCCUGUCCCCGGUGUCGCCCUCCGUCCUCUGUCCCCCUCCUCCUCCUCCCCCGUCUCCUCUCCCUCCCAUCGGCCAGCCGCCCGACGCCCACUGGCCCCAGCAGCCCACUGACACCAAGGAGCCUCACGCAGGCGGCACCACCCCGCUCAGCCGCUCGGCGCCCAGCGCUCUCUACCUCAUCCACACGGACCACGCCUACCAGGCCACCGCUCCAGUGUCCAUCCCGUCCAGCAACAGUAACUCGGCCGGCUUGGGCUCCACCAGCUUCACCCCCACCAACAGCUCCAGCUUCAGCAUCUCCUGGCAGUCACCGCCCGUCACUUUCACCGGGAACAUGGUGUCUCCCAGUAAAAGCCAGGUGUUUGGUGAACAGCGCUCCCAGACCAUCGCCGUCCUCUCCUCCCCUCCCAGAGCCACCACCGCCCUCAGUCGGAAGGUGCGCGGCGAGGGGAAGAAGUGCCGCAAGGUGUACGGGAUGGAGAACCGCGACAUGUGGUGCACCGCCUGCCGCUGGAAAAAGGCCUGCCAGAGAUUCACCGACUGAGCGUAGCCCAGCCGCCGCCACGCCACCGGGCACUGCUGCCUUUCGCCAGAGAAAACGUUGGGGGGGGGAGUGGGGGCGUCAUCUUGCAUGCAUUUGGUUUUUCUUCAGAUCUCAACCGUCCGUCAGCACACCGGCCCCGCCCCUGUACUCGACCCCCCCCCCCCCCUCUCCCACUCAGCUCCACCUGUCCAUCCCAGCUGGGGAAGCAACCGCAGGACGGCGCAGGAGUCAAACUUUCACAUUGCCGUCCAUGAUUCCCAGCACUGCCUCGCCAUUUCCAUCGCUCCCAGUUUGGGGGGAAAACCCCAGUGCAGCUAAACAGUGUAAAGAAAAAAAUGUAUCUAAAGAUUUUUUUGUUUUUGUCGGGUUCAGUGUUGCAUCUUUCUAUGUUUUGUAAAAUUCUGGUUUGUAACUGGAAAGACUUGUCAGAGGUCCAGAAUAACGGCCGAGAGCUUUUUUGGUGUGUUUCGUUGAAAGAAAGAAAAACGUUUUUUAUCCAAAAGAAGAAUGAGUCUCUUUGCUACAGUUUUUGGAAAAAUCCUUGAAACGAAACAGCGUGGAGGUGAAGCUCGCCGUUUUUUUGUUCUUCCUUAACGUGUUCAUCUCUUGUUUCAUUUCCGGCGUAAUAUUUCAGGGGGGGGGGGACAUUUUUUCUCCCUGACGCCCGCUCUCCUGACAAGGCCCUGGAGGGGAAUUCACAGCAGAACACUGGGGGGGGGGGCCUGAUCAACAGGUGGAGAGACAGGGAUAUUGAGAUAUCGAUGCAAAUGAUUUACGACAUGAUCCGCAGCAGACUCACACACACACACAAAAACAAGACGGAAAUUGUUUUUUACGUCACUUUUUUACCCGGAUUGAUUCGUUUUCUUUGUUGUUAUCAGGGACGUGAUUCUAAAGAAAGCCAAAAUCCAGCAGCUACAACUUGGGGUUUCUACUGUAAACAGCUCCUCUCCUUCAUCACAACUUUACAACCAAAAACUCUUCAUCCUGUUUUUUGAGUCCUGAUACGGUGCCAUGUUUACUAUUGUCGAUGUCGUUUUUUUUUUUUUUUCAUUUUUUCUAACCGAGACUGUUGACCUACCAGCUGGCGGAGUUAAAGGACUUUCCUGAGAUCAGUGGAAGCAAAAAGAAAUCGGAGGCGAAAGGAAAAGAUCAGCAUCUCUCACCAGAUCCAGAAAGACGCAGUGCCCUCCUCCUCCUCCUCCUCCUCCUCCUUGCCCAAACUUUGACACCUUCCCAAAAAGGGAACAAAAUAACUCUUGUGUUUACAUUUCACCACAGAGGGGCGCUCUGAUCUUCUGUUAACCAGAGGGGGGAGGGCUGCAAACCAAAAGUGAGGCAUUUGCACUGUACGUGCAUAACGGAGCACUUGGUAUCUUUGCUUAAAACCCGUGGUUACUUUUAGAGAGUUCAGAUAUCUUCCACUGGACUCUCUAUUUCUAAAGUGACCGCUUGUACAAGGAUGUCACGGCAAAAAAAAAGAAAAGAGGCCAAUAUGGCUUCUCCCCCUUUCUUGAACAAUUCUUUGCAGAAAGAAAAGUUAUAAGCACUUGAUUAUAUGUUGUGUAAUGUGCACUGCACCUUUUCUCCUGCGCUUGGCGUCCGAGUCCUGGUAACCUGUUACUGGAAGAGGUCACGAGAUGGGAUUGGUGGAAAGAAAUGGUCGUCAUCAGAAUGUUUUUCAUUUGAAUCUGUUCAUUUGAUUUCUGGCUAAAUGGCGGGAAAUGAACCCACGAAGCCGAUUAGUUUACAGAUAUUCACUUUGCAGCGAUAGACGGACCAUCUCUUAUCACCGGGAGCCGCUCUAUACUUAAUACAACGCAGUGAACGUGAGCCUGAAACGGACCCAGCAACAGGACCGUGGUGACUUUUUUUAUGUUCUCGCAUUACGUGAAAUGAGUUUGAGCGCACACUGAUCUCGUUAUCAGGAUUUCUGUCACACGCAAUCAUUUUACACCAGAAUUAUUCCAAACCAACACCAGCUAAUAAACUCACCCACACACGUUUUCGCCCGUUUUCACCUACAGUGAUUCUGCACCUGAGAAUCGUAGCUCUGUUACGUUUGCUCAACUCGUUCUGUUUUUGUCUAUUUUUCUUUGUAGUCUGUCCGUGUGUGUGUAUAUAUAUAUAUAUAUAUGUGUGUUCUCUCUACGCUCCAGUACCUCGGUCAUUUCUUUACGAACAAUACAGGUUCAAUAAUGUACCGUUCAACCUGAGGGAAGGGAUAGGCCUUAAAGUCAAAACAAAUUAUUGUGCUUCUUCUUUGUCCUUGCAUUGAUGUUUCGGUAAGAAAUAUUUAGAUGAUCUCAAAAACGAAUUUCCCAUUGUAUUAUGUGACCGUAUUAUUGUUUAAGAAAAGACAAAUCUAUAUAUAUAUAAGAAAAUAACAUGUUGGAAUUUAACUCAAAGCAAAAAAAAGAGGUUGAUUUGGUUGUUUUUAUUAUUAUUUUUCCAUAUAUAUAUGAAUAUAUAAACAGUUUAUUCAUUUUUAUUUCUCAUGUUCUGCUGACUUUUGGAGGGACAUGUUUUCAGAGCGAGCUUGUUGUGCUCUUUUCAGCGAGUGUGCUCCCACCUGGAGUCGGAGAAUUAGUUGGAUUGACACCUCGGUGUGUGGUUUUGUUUUUCGCGCCCACGUGUGUGUGAGAGCUCACACACGAGUUGUGAACGUGCAGGAGCCUCAGGGCGAAGCACGCGGGCUGCCACUGAGCCCCGGUGCUCUCCUCCCACCGAGUUACACACCUUUAUCAACUGGCCGGUGGCACUUUCCCUGUCUGGGUGUGUGGCAGGUCGAGUCCACCACGACGCUCCCGGCAAACCAACGCUUACGAGCUCAAGGAUGUUAUUGUGGGUAGAGGCCUCAGCGGCCACAUGCAGCUCAUGUUUGAUUUCUUUUUUCUUUGUUUCUCCAUGCACUUCCCACUGCUCCAUGUCUGUGUUCAGACCAUCUCCUCCAUUGGUGCUUGGGAACAUCGGGGCAGCCAAUCAGAUCCUGCCGGGGGGUUCUGUCCAGGAACAAGUCACCGACCGUCCAGAGGUUCAGGCAGCUAAAUUCAAAAGCUCAUUGUCGCGUCGAUCAAAUAAAAUGUGACCAAAAUAAGCUCAACUUCCACUUUGACAUGAGAUGAAUCCAAAUUACCUCAAAGGGACAUUCGCUGCCAUUUUCCUUAAACCCCGUCCAUGUCCUCAUAGAUCGGUGAGGAGCUCUUGGAUUUGUUCGUGGACGGUGACCCCGCCUGGUUGCUGUUGUUGUACUGAAAACAUUCACUGCCAGUGGCACAAAGAUGGCCUUAGCAUGACGGUGCUUUCAGAGACGCUCCACCCGGCUCCGUCCCUGUUCUUGUACACACUGGUGCUGCGGCCUCGGCAGGGGGGAGAAAUGGAGGUGCUAUAGUCCCAUGCAGUGCUGUUUCUCCCCGUGUGUCGUCUGAUCAUACUAACUCCAUUUUGUACACAUUAUAUGUUAUGCUGUAGAACAUGAAAAUAAAAAACACCCUGCCUAAAA